UUCUCUUCAUAUUAAGAUGAAGUUAUGGAAGUUUGCUGCCAUUGGCCUGAUUCUCUGUGGUGCUACACUCCCCCUCCUCAUCUUUAAAGCCACACCCUCUUCUAGAGCCCCACCUCCUCCUCUUCCUCCUCCCCACCGCAGAGCUUCAUCCUCAUCAUCACCAUCAUCUUUGUCUACACCAUCUAACUCCUCAUCCUCCUCCGAGACAGGUGUAAGACAGCGGCGGGUCAGAUCUGCUGAAAGUGGAAACUCUCUGAUCACAGAAUUUAUGGAGAUGUUUCAGAGCUUCACAGCGGGUGAGCUGAAGCAGGUCAUCGGGACGCUGCUGGAGAGGAAAGCCCGGCGAGAUGCUCAACAGAGUAAGAGAACCAAGCGGGCUAAGAAGCCCAGCAAACACUGUUCGCUACGGGACGUGGAGGUGAUGGUCAGUCAGCUGGGUCUGGGAUACGUCAGCGAUGAGACUAUAGUCUUUCAUUACUGCAGCGGCACAUGCAUCGCCGACCGCAGAUUCUAUGACCUGACACUGGAGCACAUGAAGCGUCAGCGACUGCUCAAGAAAAACCAGCGUAAAAAUGCUCGCCACAGCCCGUGCUGUCGGCCUAUAGCAUACGAGAAAGACAUCUCUUUCCUUGAUAACUUAAGUCGAUACUACACCAUCCCAGAGUUGUCGGCCCAGGCUUGUGGAUGCGUGUGACAUUGAGGAUCGUAGUACAUGUUUUAUUUAUACAAGACAUCAAAAGAUGACAAUAAACCCAAAUGCUGCAAGAGCAGGAUCCGUUUUGUCCUCAAAGUUGUGAGAUGUGUUUCUUUGUCUACAUGAGAUAUAAACGCUGGGUUGUCGGAUUCAACAUUAACACUUCCUGGAAAUAUAUUUAAACACAAUAGGUGUUUCUCAAUAUCAAGGAUACUUCGUUCGCAGGACUGGUCCUUCCACGUCACUUCCUUCAGGGGCUAGGCGAGGCUCCUCUUAAGCAUUCGGAGAACACGUAAAUGAAACAGGCUAGCAAGUGCACGUCAUUGCGUCAUUACGUCAGUAAAAAAUGUGUGCUUUCGGCGGUGCGUGCAUAGGAUUGUGGGUGAUUUGAGAGCGUGAAGGCUACACAUAUGCAUCCUUUCCUGUAUAUGAGAUAUUUUCCGAAUGAAUGACUCAGUCCUUGGUUGAAAUUCUGAGGAUCCUCGACAAUGGAACAGUCCUUCCUGAUGUCAAUGACGUAGCGUCCUCGAAAUUCUGGUUUCUGAGG